CUUUUGUGGGCUUCUGUCUUGUAAAUUAUUUGGAAAGCAGAAAUCCCUUAGAUCUUUUGUGUUUAAUGUUUCACUAUGUAUUUAAAGAGAGAUACAGGGUUAGGAGGCUGGAUAACUGUACCUGCUGUAGCUGAUGUUCUUAAGUAUUCUUGCAUUGUUUGCUGGUCUUCUAGGGAAAAGAAUAAUGUAGAGCAAGACCUGAAGGAGAAAGAAGAUACCAUCAAACAGAGGACGAGUGAGGUCCAGGAUCUACAAGAUGAAGUAAAACGGGAGAGCAGUAAUCUGCAGAAACUGCAAGCUCAGAAACAGGAAGCACAGGAAAUCCUUAAUGAUCUCGAUGAGCAGAAGGCCAAGUUGGAAGAGCAACUUAAUGAUAUCAGGCAGAAGUGUGCAGAGGAGGCCCACUUGAUUGCCAUGCUGAAAGCUGAAAUAACAAGCCAGGAGUCAAAGAUUUCAGCAUAUGAAGAUGAACUGACCAAAGCUCAAGAGGAGCUGAGUCGUCUGCAGCAAGAAACUGCAGAGCUUGAGCACUGCAUAGAGUCUGGGAAAGCACAGCUGGGACCUCUUCAGCAACAUCUGCAAGAUUCACAACAGGAAAUCAAUUCGGUGCAAACAAAACUUCUUGAGCUGAAAGAACUGGAAAGUAACCAAUUUAGUUGGCACUCUCAGCCACAGACUGUACUUGUUAACGGAACUGCGGAUCAUUCUAGUCUUAGCAACAGCAGCAGUGAAACUGCUAACCUUAAUGAGAAUGCUGAAAGGGAAAGCAUAGCUGAAGAUGAACAAAUAAACAAUGUAUCCCCAACAAGAAAUAGUCCUGAAACAACAGCUGCUGCUGCAGAAGAAGACAAAGAGACUCCAUCUGCAACUGUUACGAAAAAAGAGGAUCCGUUUGAUGCUGAAUCUCAUCCAUUGCCUGAUAUAGUUUCUGAAACAAGCUUAGAGUUCUUCCAGUCUGACCCUUUUGUUGGCAGUGAUCCCUUCAAAGACGACCCUUUUGGGAAAAUUGAUCCCUUUGGUGGUGAUCCCUUCAAAGGCUCAGAUCCUUUUGCAGCUGACUGUUUUUUCAAACAGUCCUCCACUGAUCCUUUUGUGACUGCAGGCACUGAUCCAUUUAGUGCAGCAAUCAACAGUAAUAACAGCACAACAGAGAUACCGAAGAAAAAUGAUCCUUUUGCCCCUGGCGGAACAACUGUUACUACAUCAAAUGAUUCAGCUACAGACCCCUUUGCCUCUCUGUUUGGAAAUGAAUCCUUUGGAAGUGGCUUUGCUGACUUCAGCACGAUGUCAAAGGCCAACAAUGAGGAUCCCUUUGGCUCUUCCACAUCAGGCUCUGUCAAAAAUGUGGUUAUAACCAAAAACUCAUUUGAAGAGCCACCAGCCAAAAAUGAGGACGUCCCUCCUGCAUUGCCCCCUAAAACUGGAACUCCCACAAGGCCCUGUCCACCACCUCCUGGGAAAAGACCUAUCAAUCAAAUAGACUCUUCAGAUUCCUUUAAACCGAGGGAUCCAUUUCAGCCUUUUCCCACCCCAGAAAUUCCCAAAGAACAAGAAGCAGAUCUAUUCUGUGAUCCAUUUGCUCCCACCAGCAUCGGUAAAGAGGCUGACCCCAACAAUUUUGCAAACUUCAGUACUAAUCCAUUUCAUAGAAGUCGUGGUGUCCAAGCAGUAGAAGCAAAUCUAAAGUAUUCUACUGAGGAAGACAUGAUUGAAUGGGCUAAGAGGGAAAGUGAGAGAGAAGAGAAAGAAAGAUUGGCAAGACUAAAACAGCAAGAGCAAGAAGACUUGGAACUGGCUAUUGCACUCAGUAAAUCUGAACUAUCAGAAGCAUGAAGUUUAGAAUAAGAUGUUGUCAUAUGUCAACUGUUUUGUCCCUUUUCCUGAAUACCUAACCUAUUUAAAUGUUAAUCAGAAGAUUACAUAUAUACAGAAAAAUUAAGAAAGGAUUUAAACUUUUGAAAGUGGUGUGUUCCUGCUAAAUUCAGUCCUUUUGGUUAUUUUUAUUGUUUGAAUAACUUAAUUCUAGCAUUCAAUUUCUCUCAAGUUUUCAGGAAAAUAAGGAACUUUUCCCAGAUGUAAGCAAAUCAGUUGAAAAUGCAGAAAAUGAGACGUUAGCUUGACUGUAAUCUGUCAGCAGUUGGUAAUUGAGCAUAAAGUGAACACAGCAAUUAUUCUGCCAUGGCUGAUUGUCUCCCAUCAAGCAGUUAGUCAUUUGAAACCUCUUCUAGAAAGAUUUUAGUAAUGCCAGAGUUGUGGAGUGCUUUCUUUUAUAUGUAUACAUAUAGAUAUUUUUUUUUCUUCAUUGAAGAUUCUGUUUGGACUUGAAAUAACAAUCUUCAUGGAGUCUAAGUCAAAAAGAGUGUGUCUUACACAAACCUUUAAUGCUUUUCUUGCAUGGUCAUAGGUUUUAAGACCAGUUACUUUGUUUUAUAAAGCAAUUAAAUGGAAGAUUCGUGUGCAUUUGCUGUUGGCCAAGAUGACUGUCAAAUAACAAGGCCCCACUGCUGUUUGAGCCAGUUUUGCCUGUGAAAUAUGCAGAUAAGCAAUUGGCAAGAUAACUUGCCUGUUAACUGGCAAGAUAGUAAGUUGAAAAUGAAAUGAGAUUGAGAAUAGAAAGAAAACAUGUUGUCUGAUUUUUUUUUCAUUAUUUUUUUAAAGGUUGCUUUUUUCCUGUAUGUGUAAUUUAUUGAAUGCCAACAGAUAGUUGCACCUUAAACUGAUUUUUUUUUUUUUUUUUUUUAAUGGUCACUGAGUGGGAUUGAUAUGAUUUUAAUGAGAAUAACUUAAUGGAAGUAACUUAUUGUUCACUUUGAAAGAACUCCAUUCUGGAGAAUUGGUUUAAUUAAAAUAAUUCCAAAAAUAAUCUUUUGCCCUAUCUAAGAAAAAUGGAUGGCAGCAGCGUAAGCAUCAAGAGAUUUUUAUUUCUUUUUUGCACUUUUAACUUGUGGUGUUUCUAUUGAGGAAUGGAAAAGGUUCAACACGCAGCACUGGGAGGAGGAGUUGAACUCAGCCAUGCUUCAAUACAUUUAAGCUCUUCCUAUUAUCUGCCAAUGCUGCUGUUGAAAGAGUUUGAUAGUUUUCAGUUUUUCAGGAAAAUGGGUAACCGGACUGGGAUGUUUUUUCUUUUGCACUGGGAAAUGAGCAUUUAAACACCUGCUCAAAAAAGAUAACUUAAAUUUUUGCAAGGAUUAAAUAGUUAAAACUUAUCUAUACAUCUUUGUAAUGAGUGUACACUAAUCUUGCAAAUCAUGCUUAACUGGAUUACAUAGUUUCUUAUCUUUUGUUAAAAAAUGUAUACUCAGUGGACCAACACAAUAUUAUUAUGUAUAUAUUAUAUAUAUAUUCUUGCUUUCCUUUAUGGAAUUUAAAAGUUUUGAGUCAUUUGAUGUUACAUUUCAUGUUACUGACUCUGACUAUAGUACUUUUACUCAGACUACCAACAAACCACUGCUGUGAGCUAAAUGGCAUUACUUAUGAAGUUUUAACUUUUUUUUAAAAAAGAAACUUGUUCAGGUGGGAUUAGCCUCUAUUUAUAGACUUCCCUUUUGUUUAAAAAUUCUAACAAUAGCCUGUAAUUAUGAAGAAAUAAAGUUUAAGUACAGAAGUGUGAACUGUUUGCCUAUUUUUUCAAAAGGGUGUGGAGCUGUAAAGUAACAUGGAAAUGUAACGUGAACGUUAGAAGGUGCUCUGUUUGUAGUCUGAUGGGAGCUGGUUAAUUUUCCAAGAAACAAGCUGCUUGACUGGUGGGGUUAGCUGAAGUGCAUAUUAAUCUCAUUUGUCACUUCCUUCAUUAGGAGUCAUGGCAGUUUCACUGAGAAUUCAUGCUUCAUCUGCCUCAGGAUUUUUGCCUGCACAAGGUUUGCAAUGCUCAAAUGUUACAUUCUUAGUAUUCCUUUGUGAAGAUAUGUCAGCAUAUCAUGUGCUCUCAACAUAAAGCACAUUUUCUUGGCUUGGUAAAUCUUUAGUUUGACCCAGAGUAUUCUUCUCAAUAUGGUGCAUCACAUCUUCAUGUCAAGAUGUGGAUGUAGACUGCUUGGUCAGCAGUUCAGGAGUUCCAGCAGACUUCUAUGUCUUGAGAUACUUCUGUUACAGCAGUGAUCAAUAUUAAUGUACUCAUCUAAGUGGCCCCAAAUAUUUUUUUUCUGCUUAUCUUUUUAAUGAUGCAUCAGUUGAUUUAGACAACGUAAUAUUUUCAUUAAUUUCAGUAGAUUCAUACACAUCCUUGAGGUUGUUUGCAACUGUCUGUGGGCAAGUUUUUUUCUUUUCAAAUCCUCUACCAAGUUCACAUCUUGGACAUACUUUUGCCUCCGACUGUGCUGCUUUCAACCUUGUCUUCCCUGCAAAUUUUGAGCUGUCCAUAUGAUUCUAUCAUGAAACUGAAAGUAGUUGCUGUUCAUCUUGAAUAAUUUGAUAUACUUUUCUGUCUUUGUCUAAUUUAAUGUCUUCUGAGGUCCUGUCGUGUAAAAGUUCAUUGAAUUCACAGCAAACCAUUGCACUUUUGAUUUAAGAGAUCAAUGUUUAGCAGAUGAAUUGGCCACUUGACAGCUACAUUUCCAGUGCAAAGUAACUUAAUAAGAAAUUGUAUCGGUGGCAUGUACUGGGGAUUAAUGUUAAAUAUCUGUUAUCAUUGCCAAGUACUGACAAAAUAAAAUGGCAAUAAAGGUGCUUAAUAAAGGACCUGA